AUGAGUCCUGACCAUGCUAUGACAUUGCGGGAAGUGAUUCCCAAAGUAACUAUCAAACCUAAAAGACCUAUUGGGAAAGAUGAACUGCGAUUACAAAAAGGAAUGACUGUAAGAUAUUUAUUAAAACCAGGUGAGUUGGAAGGAGGACACGUUCAUAGGAAAACUGAUCCAUACUUCUCGUUGCGUGUUUAUCGAAUUAAAAAG